AUGACGGAGUGGACUUUGCUCAAACGACUCCUGGAUGCUGUCCACCAGCACUCCACCAUGAUCGGGCGCCUGUGGCUCACCGUCAUGGUCAUUUUCCGGCUGCUCAUCGUUGCUGUGGCGACUGAGGACGUGUACACCGACGAGCAGCAGAUGUUUGUGUGCAACACGCUGCAGCCGGGAUGCUCCACCGUCUGCUAUGACGCGUUCGCGCCCAUCUCGCAACCUCGCUUCUGGGUGUUCCACAUCAUCAGCGUCUCCACACCAUCCCUCUGCUUCAUCAUCUACACUUGGCAUAACCUGUCCAAGCUGCCUCACAAUACCACCCAGAGGCAACGGCAUGGACCAGGAGGCCCUAAGGUGGGAAAAGGCAGUGGACGGGAGGUGUAUGACCUAAGCUGCGACUCGGACAGUUGCUCCAUCCGCUCCCAUAAGCAUCUGGGUCACAGCGUGGCGGAUGUGCUGGAGGGCGUUGCCGCUCAGACCCACCUGAGGGGAGACCCCAACAACAUUGUGUCCUUGAGCCACGCCAGAGGUUACACCGUCAUAGAGGGGAAUGCAGAGGGUCAUGUGGUCUCUGGAGGGGUUUUGUCGAAAUGUUAUAUCUUCCAUGUGUGUGUACGGGCAGUUCUGGAGGUGGGCUUUGUCACGGCUCAAUGGAAGCUGUUUGGCUUCCAGGUACCUGUCCAUUUCCUGUGUACCUCGACCCCUUGCAGCCAGCCGGUGGACUGCUACGUGUCCAGGCCCACGGAGAAGACCAUCUUUUUGCUCUUCAUGUUUUGUGUGGGGAUUUUCUGUAUCCUGCUUAACCUGCUGGAGCUCAACCAUCUGGGCUGGAAGAAGAUCAGGCAGGUUGUGAAGCUGAGGGAGAGGGUGUCCUGGGCAGGUUGUCCAGGUAUAAGAGGGGGGUAUGAAACCUUCCCCUUAGACAGCCCCUCUCUCACAUCUUCUUUGGGCUGCAGGGACAUGACCAGCACCACUUGCCUGCCCACUUUGGACCUGGUGAUGGGGCAUCAGCCUGACUGGACCUGUGCUGUGAACAGUGGCAGGAUGAGGGAGCCUGAGGAGGUCAGAGAGAUUGGACCAGAGCAACCAAAGACACAGGAGUCCCAUAAAGGAGAGCAGCAGCCUCUGAGGAGUAAGAGAGCCAUCAGAGAGUCUAAACAAAGAAGUGCUGAGUGCUGGAUAUAG